AAUUCGCAAACUGUCAAAACUAGGCAACAACAUUAGAUUCUCUCAGUGAAGUUACGUAAAAUUGCCUUCUUCUACAACUUCAGGCACAAAAUGAGUCUGAUAAAGGCAAAAUACUACGACAGCCCCGAGGGCAGCAACCUGUUCGAGAAGAUGGUAGCCACCAACAAGUACGCCCUGGCUGCCGGUCUCGGUUGGUCCUCGAUCGAGGUGCUGAUGAUUUCCAAACCGAAGGGAGUAAUGCCAUCGCUUGCCCGGUAUGUCUACUUCACCGGACCGUUCAUGGGAAUGGCGUCGGCAUUCACCGUCGGUGCCUAUACUGCCAACAAGCUGCGCGGAAAGGAUGACACUUGGAACUACAUCGCCGGUGCCAUCACUUCCGGCGGAGUGUACGGUGCGUGGCGACGCAGCGUCGUAGCCGGUCUGGUGUCCUGUCUGUUCUUCAGCAUUGCCGGUAUCGUCAAGAAGAACGCCAUCGAUAAGAAUUGGGAAUUCUUCCCGGCGGUCACGCACCACGCUACCAGUGGCCUGAAUCCCAACAGGUACGACUACACCCUUACUCAGGAGCGUGAACGAGGCUGGACUGCCGGUAAGUGAGCGGGUGGUUUCGUCAUUAAUUCGAUCAAGUGAGAGCCGAGAUUGUACUGAAGCAAGAAAUUUAGAAAUAUACGUUGUACAAAGGUA